UAAAGUGUACUCUUGUAGUCCUCAUGGUCCCAAGUGUCUUUUGAGUAGAUUAGUAGUAGUAGAGUAAUUUGUAUUUUUUUUGCCUGUAGUUUGAACUAGUUGCAUUUUUCUCUUUUUCUUGUUUGUACUACAGUUUGAUUUUUGUCCCCUAAUAAUUAGAUUUCUUUUCCAGUUAUUGAAGUCUUUCUUUGGAUAGCAAAAAAGAAGCCAAGAACGAUGCAGCAAGAUUUAAGAGUAGUUGUUCUGGGAUGGCAGAAAUCUGAAAAAGCCACAGUGAUCAACACUAUUUUAGGUGGAGAAGUUGAGCCUAAGAAAUGUUUUGUGAAGUCCGUGAGGAGAGACAGUGAAGUGAAUGGACGGAAGAUUAAUCUGAUUAACACACCCUGCUGGUGGAAGAUGUUUGGCUUACAAGACUCACCAGAAGUGGUCAAACAGGAACUGGUGUGCAGUGUCUUCAAGUGUCCACCAGGACCUCAUGUUUUUCUGCUGGUUAUUAAUCUCAGUUUACAUUUUACUCAAGAGCACAGAAUCAGUAUUGAGGAACAUCUUGGUCUUUUUGGAGAGAGAAUCUGGUCAUAUGUCAUAGUGCUCUUUACACGAACAGAUUCACUGAAAUACGACUCUAUUGAGCAGCACAUACAGAGUCAAGGAGAAGAUCUGCAACAGAUCAUCCAGAGAUGUGGAGACAGAUACCACAUCUUUGAUAUUAAAAAUAAAGGUAAUGGAGUUGAAGAACUGCUUGUCAAGAUUGAUAGUGCUGUGACUGUAAACAAUGGCAAACACUUUGAAACUGAUGAUGAAAAACUACUUGAGAUGAAGAAAAAGAGAGAAGAAAUCCAAGAGAGAGCAAAAGCCAGACAAACAAUGGUGCAGGAAAAAAGAGAACUACUGACAGAAAUAAGAGCUGUAUCUCUGCUCUCAGAACUCAGAAUUGUCCUGGCGGGGUGGAUCGUUUCUGGCAAGAGUUCAACUGUAAACACCAUCUUCGAUGAUGAAAUAUUAAAGAAAGGAAAAACAGAACAGUGCACAAACCAUUCUGGUGAUGUGAAUGGCAGAAGAAUAAUGGUGAUGGACACGCCAGGCUGGUGGAAGUAUCUCUCAACUAAAUUCAAUCCAGAGUUUGUACGGACUGCAAUCCUGGAGAGUGAAGGUCUAGUAGAACGUAUUAAAUUUCCCAAUGCCAUGAUCUUGGUGAUUCCUACGGACACAUCAUUUAAGAAUGAACAAAAACGGGUCAUCGAAGAGUACAUGGCCAUUUUUGGAGAGGAAGUCUGGAGACACACCAUAGUUUUGUUCACAUGGGGCGACAGAUUUUCAGACAUCUCAAUCGAGGAGCACAUUGAGAGUGAAGGUGACGCCCUCCAGAGGCUGAUUGAGAAAUGUGGGAACAGAUAUCACGUCUUUGACAACACAGACAGGAAGAAUCGAGAUCAAGUCACAGAGCUGCUCCAGAAGAUUGAUCAGAUGGUGGCAGAAAACUGUGUGUUCUGUCUCGACACUACAGCGAAAUACCGUGAUGUAGAGUCGCAUCUUCAGAGAACUGAUACCCAAGAAAAUGUGACGAUGGAUGAGAUCAAACUGAAGGAUGUCUGCCACUUUCUGGAUGAGGGGUUUAACAGAAAAGCUAAAGAUAUCAGAGAGAAGAUAGGAAACUUAUGGAUGUAUAUCAUGGAAGAAAACCUUGACAGUGCAAGCUUAGAUAGGCUAAUUGAGUUUCAGAAUCAAUCUCCUUAUACCACAGAACCACAGAACGUGGUGCCUACACCUCAACAGGACUGUAUCCCCGAGCAGAUAAAGACACUACUGGAGAGAGAAUUAAGCAGAUGGGAAACUAUAAUGAUAGAAGAAGUUCGGAAGCAUUUGCUGGAUAUUAAGUCCUUUGAGCUCUCUAAGGAUGAAAAGAGAAAGAUGUCAAUUGAUGCAGUUGUGAGGUUGCUACAGAACUGUAACCAUUAUGCUUCACAUACUGUUAAAAUACAAUGUCCAGAAUCAGUGAUCUGACCAAAGAGACUGAAGACAAAAUGACAUAAAACCUCAAAUCUGAAGAACAGCAAUAUGCUGUUGCAAUCAGAAAAGGUUGUAAAAGAUCUACACUGUUCUGUUGUAUGUUCAUUCUUGACUCAUUUGGCAUGAUUCAUUCCUUCUAUGCCUAAACUAAACUCAGUUUGAUCUGAUAAAAAUGAAUCAUCCACAGGUCUAAAUGUAUUUUAUAUGUAUGUUUUGUAUAUUUAUUUUCCUUACUGUUUGACACAUUUAUUUACAAGGCUAUUGUAGGAAGUCUAACUGGUUAUUUAUCUGUUUCUAUGGUGAUAUUGCACUGAAAAAACGGGAAAAUGCAGGUUGACUGAUCUACACAACAAAAUUGUGUUUCUCCUCUAAACUUGUUGUCUUUGCUUUCGAUUAAUGAAAUUCUCUAAAAUGUGCACUCUACUAGAUUACAUCAUGUAGGGUGAAUGUGAACCAAUCAAGUAUGUCCAAAAACAUGGGCAAGAGGAUUUGCGGAAAUUAAGUGUUAUUUUAUGCAUAUAUGAGCCAGAUUAGAAAAGGGCGAGACUUAAUAGAUUUUAGUAGGUUGUUUUGUGGGGGGGAUUUAGAACCGAUUUAGAACUGUAGAAAUUUUAGAUUUAGAUUUAACCGAUUUUAGUCAUUUAGAAUUUUGCUGUAUGUUUUCACUUAGCAUAUAGCAUGCCAGUGUAUUCUAUUGCUAGCUAAAAGUUAAGUUACUACCAUAACUUUAUAACAUCAAUCAGUAAUGUGACACAAAAAUGUUAUGUAAAACUGAAGAAAUGAUUAAUGUUAUGGACACAUAUAAAAUCACUUUGAGGCUACAACUGAGUCAUUUUAAAAAAUGUUAUUCCAUUAUGUUGAAAUUAUGUGAAUUAUUUGACAAAGAAUAACAUUUAAUAAAAAAAAUAUUUUGAUGUAACUUAAUUGAUUCCUGUGGAACUGAUGUGCAUGAUUAAAUCAUGAAAAUUCAAAGCAAGCUUUUUUCCAGUGUGUGGUGUAUAUGGACUAGGGUUUCAUAUAUUGCACUUAUAUGACUGUUCCUAAAGCUUGCUUAGAAAUGGGUAAAAAGGCUUUUAAGUUUUCUGUGCCAUUUGCUUGGAACAAUUUGCAAUCCGUCCUUAAACGUAGAAUUUAUAAAUGUAAAAUUAUUAGUAAGUCUUCCGAAAAUCAAUCUUACGAUUGUAAUUGUUGUAAAUAAUUGAGUUUUUAUAUGUUGUUUUUGGAGUAUCUUAUACUGUCUAGCUCUGGGUGCUGCUUUUCUUGGCCAGGGACCAACCUGAUUAAAUAAAGUUUCAAUAAAAAUAAAAUACAG